AUGGAGAGCCGGAGCAACUUGAUGACAGCCACUGAGGAGUCCAUUCAGAAGAUGCCAGCUGUCCUCAGCUCAUUGGAGGCCUAUCUGGACGAAUCCAUUGCGUGUGCCUCCGAUUUACUACAUGUGGCCCCAUUCCCGUUGCAACCGCCACUUCAGCCAUCCCAUGUGGCACCUGUAUCCCAUGCUGCCAACAUUUCUCAGUCUCUGAAGCAAUCUCAACCGACCCACGCAUCCAAACCAUCCCAUGAAUCUCAUGGUUAUGAAUCUCAGGCAGCAACCCAGACUCGUCUCACCCAUUCGCAUCAACCAACUCAACUGCUGCAAGCCCCGCAUUAUCUACAUGCUUCAUUGCACCAAUCAUAG